AUGGCCACGCAGUCCGGAAUCACAAUCGACGGGCCUGACAAGCCCUACACCAUCGUCAGCAACCUUCCCCGCCCAAUCCCGGGCUCAAAGCAAGCCCUGGUCAAGUGCCUGGCCGUGGGCCUCAAUCCCGUUGAGCCCCUCCAGCAACACACAGGACUGCUCAUCACCGAGUGGCCGGCCGUCAUCGGCAGCGACUUCGUCGGCGCCGUGCUCGAGGUCGGCCCGGAGUGCGCCCGGCUGCGGCCCGGCGACACCGUGUACGGCUGCGCGCCGCUCGGGCAGAACAGGUUCGCGCCGUUUCAGGAGACCUUCCUUGUGGAGGAGGGAGUGGUUUUCAAGAAAGGGGAUAACAUAUCGAUCGAGGAGGCGGCUACGGUCGGGGCUGGGUUGUUGACUGCCGGUCUAUGCCUGCUCGCCGGCGCCGGGCUGAAGCUCUCCGAUGACGGCACCAGGGCGCCCGAGAAGGACGAGUGGGUUGUCGUGUUCGGCGGAGCAGGAACGGUGGGCCAGUUUGCCGUGCAGAUUGCCCAUGCGUGCGGGUACAAGGUGCUGGCGUCCUGCUCGCCGUCCAAGGAUUCUAUUGCCUUGAAGAGCGGCGCCACAGCUACCUUCAACAACCGAGCGACCGUCGACGACCAGCUGGCCCAGAUAAAGAAGGUCACUGGGGGCAACUUUGCCCGCAUGAUUGAUACGACGGCGUACGGCUACGACAUCAUGGUGAAGGCGCUCGAGACCUGCUCCACGGCUGCGACCAAAUAUCUGACCUCGGUGGACGAUUGGUCCCCCUUCAACACCCCGUCCGCGAUCAACGAGUACCGCGCCUCGCUGGGCCAUCUCUGCCGCCUUGACGAGUCGACCGGCGCGCAGGUGACGCAGGACAUCGCCGGCUGGAUUUCCACCUUCGAGGCGCACCUCGGCACCGGAACGCUGAGACCCAUCGAGUACCAACUUUUCGACGGGAUCGGCUGGGAGAGUGUCAUCAAGGGCAUCCAGGAGCUGGAGAGUGGCAAGGCGGCCAAGAAGAUCGUCGUGCGGACGCAGGCUGAGUGA